GCGGGGCCGGCAGAAAACCGGGGCCGGCGGCGGCGGCGGCCGCACUGCGCCGGGCGGCGAUCGCGGGAGGCGCUCGGCAGCCGCUGCCCCGGGGCUUUCGGCGCGCUGGGUCCGGGCUGGCUCUCCAGAAUCAUGGACUGUGCUGAUAUGCCUUGCUUGCUAGACACCAUGAUUCCUGGUAACCGAAUGCUGAUGGUCAUCCUACUAUGCCAAGUCCUUCUAGGAGGUACUAACCAUGCUAGCCUAAUCCCUGAGACCGGCAGGAAGAAAGUGGCAGAGCUUCAGGGACAAGCCGGAUCCGGACGCCGCUCUGCCCAAAGCCAUGAACUCUUGCGGGGUUUCGAAACAACUCUGCUGCAGAUGUUUGGGCUUCGAAGGCGGCCUCAGCCCAGCAAGUCAGCCGUCAUUCCUAGUUACAUGCUGGAUCUCUAUCGACUCCAGUCCGGAGAAGAGGAGGAAAGCCUCCAGGAAAUUAGCCUGCAGUACCCUGAGCGAUCGACCAGCCGGGCAAACACCGUGAGGAGUUUCCACCAUGAAGAGCACCUGGAGACCGUCCCGGGUCCCAGCGAGGCGCCCCGCGUCCGCUUCGUCUUCAACCUCAGCAGCGUGCCGGAGAACGAGGUGAUCUCCUCGGCGGAGCUGCGGCUGUACCGGGAGCAGGUGGAGGAGCCGAGCGCGGCGUGGGAGAGGGGCUUCCACCGGAUAAACAUUUACGAAGUGAUGAAGCCGCUGUCGGAGCGCGCCCAGGCCAUUACGCGCCUGCUGGACACGCGGCUGGUGCACCACAACGUGACGCGCUGGGAGACCUUUGAUGUGAGCCCGGCCGUGAUCCGGUGGACCAAGGACAAGCAGCCGAACCACGGGCUGGUGAUCGAGGUCACCCACCUCCACCACACACAGACUCAUCAGGGCAAACACGUCAGGAUUAGCCGAUCUUUACCUCAAGGGCGCGGGGACUGGGCGCAGCUCCGGCCGCUCCUGGUCACUUUUGGGCACGACGGGCGAGGCCACGCUCUGACCCGCAGGGCCCGCCGGAGCCCCAAACACCAGCGUUCCCGCAAGAACAAAAAAAACUGCCGCCGCCAUGCCCUCUAUGUGGAUUUCAGCGACGUGGGCUGGAACGACUGGAUCGUGGCACCCCCGGGCUACCAGGCGUUUUACUGCCACGGGGACUGCCCCUUCCCUCUGGCUGACCACCUCAACUCCACCAACCACGCCAUCGUGCAGACGCUGGUGAACUCCGUGAACUCCAGCAUUCCCAAGGCCUGCUGCGUGCCCACGGAGCUCAGCGCCAUCUCCAUGCUCUACCUGGAUGAGUAUGACAAGGUGGUCCUGAAAAACUACCAGGAGAUGGUGGUGGAGGGGUGCGGGUGCCGCUGACCCCCUUCCCCGCCGCCCUCUCCUCCCCUUCUCUCUCCCUCCCGUCCCACCCCAGAACUGCUUGCUAUAGCUGGACUCUUCUCUAAACUAAACGUUCACCUUGACCUUAUUUAUGACUUUAUGUGCAAAUGUUUUUGACAAUAAUGAUCAUAUAUUUUGACAAAAUAUAUUUAUAACUACGUAUUAAAAGAAAAAAAUAAAAUGAGUCAUUAUUUUAAAGGUAAA